CAAUCAUAAAAUAAGAAAUAAAGAAUCAUCUUCAAAUAAUUUGACUUCUUGGUGUCUGUGUUUUACUAUAAAGUUUUACACAUCCUAAUCAGAAAGGAACCAGAGAGUGUUCAAUCAUUGAAAUUUACUCCUAAUCCACUUCAAUUUUCCAGCUUUGGGGUUCAAAUUUUCUAGGGUUUUCAGUAAACUUGCAUAUACAAGUUUCUUUUCUUAGUAUUGAUUGAUUUGUGUUUCUUAAGUUUUCUAAUUCCAGGCUUCCUCUACUUCUGGUUGGUGGGUUUUUCAUAUUUGUAUUCAAAGCAUUCUAAAUAGUAGAUUGAUCUUGUUUUUCUCAAGUUUUCUACUUCUGGUUGGUGGGUUUUUUUUUUUCUUUCUAAAAUUGUUCAGAGUGUUAUGAACUUGGGAUUUUCUGGUUCUGUCCAUUGCGUGUGUAGAUAGUGAGUGUUCAUCAAAUUUAACCCAUAUUUGGCUGUUGUCGAAUUUAUUCUCUGAUUGAGUCCUCUUUAAGCUAGUGUUGCUUUUUUUUACAUAUCAAUACUGCUUUUCCUUCACAAAGGUUUAUUGCGUUUCUCUUCAUUUGGUUGCGUGAAAAAGAGAUGCUGAUAUCCAGUGAAAAAGAACAGAUCUUCUUGCCUUCAGAUGGUGCAGAAGACUCCUUGAAGUCUUCCCCAGCUGGCUCUAGCCCAGAUUCUCUUGAUCGGUUUUCACCUGUGUCACUGUUACCAGAUUCAACUCCACUCCCCUCCAGUUACACCGAUGUCAAUGUAGUCCCUGAGCACCGAAAGAACGAGCUCGAGCAGUUCAUAUCGAAUCUAGAAGGAGAAAUUGUGCAAUUGAAGCUGAAAGAGAAGUCAUUGAAUGAGAAGCGGAGAGCAGUAUUGAAUAAGAUAUUGGAUAUUAAAGGCAGUAUUAGAGUAUUUUGUAGAGUUCGACCAUUUCAUUCGACUAACCAGAGAAGAGUUCAUGAGCCCGUUUCAACUGGAUUGGAUAAGAUUGCGGUUAAAUCAGCAGGAAUUGGGAAAGAGUUCAGAUUUGAUAAGGUGUUUCAUCAAGUGGCUAGUCAAGAUGAUGUAUUUGUUGAGGUUGAGCCAACCCUUAGAUCUGCGCUUGACGGGCACAAUGUAUGUAUUGUGGCUUAUGGACAAACUGGCACUGGGAAGACUUUUACAAUGGAUGGUUCAAAUGGUCAGCCAGGGAUCGUUCCUCGAGCUCUUGAAGAGCUUUUUUGUCAAGCCUCUUUGGACAACUCAGCUUCUGUAACUUUUUCAAUGAGCAUGUUGGAGGUUUACAUGGGCAAUCUAAAAGAUCUACUAGCAAUGAGACCAUCAUGUAGAACAUAUGAACCUGUAUCCAGAUGCAAUCUCAACAUCCAAACAGAUCCAAAAGGACUGGUGGAGAUUGAGGGUCUGACAGAAGUGCAAAUCCCAGAUAUCUCAAAGGCUAAAUGGUGGUAUUCCAAGGGGAGGCGGGUUAGAUCAACUUCCUGGACUAGUGUAAAUGAUGCUUCUAGCAGGUCACACUGUUUAACGAGGAUCACCAUAUUUCGUCGUUCAAAUCCUCUGGAAGCCAAAGCAGAAGUGAGCAAACUAUGGAUGGUAGAUCUCGGAGGAAGUGAGCGAUUAUUGAAAACAGGGGCCACAGGGCAGACACUUGAUGAGGGAAGAGCCAUAAAUCUAUCUCUAUCUGCUUUGGGUGAUGUUAUUGCUGCUCUAAGAAGGAAGAAAGGCCAUGUGCCUUACAGAAACAGCAAGCUAACUCAAAUCCUCAAAGAUUCCCUAGGUUAUGGAUCAAAAGUUCUAAUGCUCGUGCAUGUCAGUCCCUAUGAAGACGACGUUGGUGAGACAAUCUGUUCUUUAAGCUUUGCUUAUAGAGCAAGAGCAAUAGAGUCCAAUAGAGAAGUUCCAGAGGACCUGAAGAAGCAAAGGGAAAGAAGGAUCUCAGAGAUUGAAGAAGAAAUGAGAGAAAUGGAAGAAGAACGUCAGAAAAUCAGAAACCAAAUUAAAAACGCGGAGUUCCUCUUAAGUGAAAACAAGAGGCUCUUCUCAAUCUCUUAUGGCGUUUGCGAAGAUGAGGACAAAAACGCUAGAACUCCCAAAGAAGAUCUACAGAAAAUCAUUGAAAGCCCGAGAAUAAAUGAUGAAGCAAUUAAAAGAAACACAACUCAUUCUCUCCCACGAUUCAUGACUUCUACAGUGGCUAGUCGCCAAAGGCAUAGUGCUUCUGAAAGAGAGAUCAUUGGAAGGGCUAGAACUGUGAGAUCAGAGACUAGAAGUUCAGUUCAAUUUUCAGCUUCUCAAUCACUUAGCUAUUCAGAUAUUCGUUCCAGAGCAAUCUUACGUAAUUCAAGUAAAAAGUCGCAACAUGUAGAGGCAAAGGCUCUCCUGACAGAUGGUCCUAAAUUCAGUAACUUGGAUUUUAAGACAACUUCCAUGCCAAAAAGCAAGAUUGUCAUUUCAUCAGAUCCAAACUUGAGCGUUACACUUGGUCGCCACAGGAGAAGAAUGUCUGAUCUGAUCUGAGCUUGAUAAGCACUAAGCAGUACUGUUUUGGUGUCUUUUCUGGUUUGGAAUCUAUGGACUUGACUGCAAGUUCUUGUGUGUGUGAUAUAAGGGAUCAUUCUCUGAUCCCCAAGGAUUUUGUAUGGUGUGUGAGUGUAUAGUGUGAUAUUCUAAUGGUGUCUGGGUUGCUUGGGCUUGCUGGGAUCUGUUUAUUUUAUUUGACAUGAACCCUGCUGUCACAUGUGUUGGUUAGGUUUGAUGGGAACUGUUAACUCUUAAUUAACACGAUAAUUAUGUCGGAAA